CUCUCCGCGCCCGAGCACCGCGACCUCCUCCGCCGCAUCUACCGGCACACCUUCACUCUCGCUCUCGCCCCGCCCGCGCGCUCCAUCGACCUCGACGCCGCGCUCGUUUACUGGCGCCUCCUCUUCUCCGCGCCGUCGCUGCAGUGGAGCACCCCCAGCGCGCCGUGGCUGGACUGGUGGUGCGAGUUCCUCGAGACGCGGUUCAAGAAGGCGGUCAACAAGGAUCUGUGGGAUCAGACGUUCAAGCUUGUGGAGGAGUGUAUCAGGGAUGCGAGUCUGGGCUGGUGGGAUGAGAAUGGGGCGUGGCCGGGCGUGAUCGAUGACUUUGUGGCGUGGGUUGGGGAGAAGAGGGGAGGAGAGAAGAUGGAGGAGUAG